AUGGACCUUGAAAUUGUUGAGGACAAAUUGAAAAAACUGGAAGAAGAAUUGGAAGAGUACCGAAAGAAUCAAUUUCACAAAGUGGAAAAAAUAAUAAAUGAAGUAAAAUUAUUAGAAACAAAUAUAAAAGAAUUAAAUAAAAGGAAGAUUACGAAAUGCUUAGUAAAUGCUAAUAAAUCAUUUGAAAAAAAAAUUAUAGAAAAAACAAGGAAAUGUAGUAAAAAAAAAAAAUAUAUAAAGGAUAUAAAAAAGGAUAUAGUACACGAAUUAAUGUUAUUAAAGGAAAAGAAAAAAAAUAAUAAUAAUAAUUUUCUAAACACGAAAUUUAAUUUCCAAUAUAUACAUGCCAUUGAAAAUGAAAUAAAUAAAACCUUUCUUGUUUUAAAUAUACAAAGACAAUAUAUACUGAAAUUUAUAUUUGAAAAAUUGAACAAAUUUAAAAAUAAAUCUUUAGCUUAUUAUGAUAAAUAUUUAAAUAUACAAAAAGAAAUAGAUACAUUAUUCCACUCAAUAAAUAAAAGUGCAUUAACUGAUAUUUUUGUGUUAACUAAAAAUUCUUUAUUUUUUCAGAAGGAACUAGCAACUAUGUUUCAACAAUUUCAUUAUCAAAUAGAAAACUCGUUAACACACACGUGA